UUUUCUGUGUCCUCCUCAUAUCUGCAUUGGGUUUUCCUGUGAGAUUUUUCUGCUACAUCCAAGGAUGUGCAAGUUUCAUUGGUGAUUGUCAACUGGUCCCACAGGAGUAUGUGUGGGUGAAUGCGCGAUUGAGCCUUGACUUUGACUGUCACCCUAUGUUGGAUUGGGUCCUGCCUUGCGCCAAAUGUUGAUGGAAUAGGCUUCAGUUCCCUGCAAGAAUAAAUUGGAUUAAAUGGGUUUGAGAAUGUCAUAAUCCUACAUAAAAUAAAAAUUAAUGGAUAUGCUUAUAUCAGUCUGUUAUUACUUGAAAUCUGUUGCUCAGGUGUCCAGCAAGAUUUUACCCCAGAGGACCCUGCAGAUCUCACUCUUCAUCAUUGACAAGCAGAAGAGGCACCAACCAAUUGGCUACAUUAACUAUGAUAUGAAGGACAUGGCAGAAGGCACGUUGCUCUGGAAAGAUUUGGAGGGCGGGAUCAUGGAGACAUCCUCAGACAUUGCAGAACUCCAGGCAUCUCUUAACUACAAUGAAAACCUACAGCGCCUUACGGUGGUUGUACUUAGAGCGAGAAAUCUUCACUUGUCCGGAACAAAAGAAGAGAUUAUCCUGAAGGUGUGUCUACAAGGCCAAGAUGAGAUGGUGAAAACAAAGAAAACAUCUGUAAAAAAGGGCGAGCCAAUCCUCAUCUUCAAUGAGAAGUUUUCUUUCCAACUGCCCCCAUCCAGGCUAGAUCGCACCUGCCUCUGCUUGUCAGUCUAUGAAGGGAUAUGUUUUGUGGGUUGUGUACUGCUGGGACCAUACAUGUACGCACGUGGAAAAGAGCUUGAUCACUGGACGGAUAUGAUCAGCAAGCCCAAGGAGCUGGUAAAGGAAUGGCAUAUUCUCAAAAAGACAGCUGAGAGCAAAGGCAGUUUCUAGACAAAACACUAUUGCUCUUUUGAAUAACUUGUACAGAGACCUAUUAAGCCAAGGUCGCCAAUACAAUACAUCAUUAGCAAUGAUGUAAUAAUUUGAUCUGGACACCAGGAUCUUCAUGUUCCAUGAAAUCAGUGUCCACUGGCAUGUAACUGCAGUUUGAACCUUUGAAUCUCAUGUUAUUAGACUGCCGCUGCUUUCCGAAAGAGGGUAGGAUUACUUCCAUGGAAUGGGUAGCCACCUACUGCAUAUCCAUAUGUGUCCAUUAGAGUCUGCAAUGCCAGAACUAAGGCUACUUAUUUUGAAGACAUUGAAUAAACCAGCUUAAUAUUCAGAUUCAGGCAUGAUUCAGAGGCAUUGAAUUAUUUAGAUCCAAUAGUACCCAGUACUCUUGAGAUAUAGGCCAGCCAUGGUUAUAAGCAAAUGACCAGCAGCAUCUAACUUUAUCCAGUAUACUUCAACAAGUGGUCACUUGAUUUUAAAUCAGUGACUGUCAAUGUCCAUCUGCAGAUACUGCAGUGAUUGCCAGUGAUCUCAAAUAUUCUCAUAUUGUUACAAGAUGCUGUCCAAAUAGCCUUUAACAUCAAACAUAAUCUUCUGUUUUAAUAAUUGUGAGCUUCCAUGGCAAUUCUUUCGACUGAAGAAAAAUGGUCUUAAAGAUCCCAUUGAUGACAUUUAUCUAUUAUACAUGCCUGCUCAAAUAGUAGAGAUAUAGGAAGGCAAGGCCUGUUCAUACCAUUUGGCACAAGGUAAGAAAUGACCUUGGUUGGCCUGCCAGUCUAUGAGAGCACAAAUUCCCUCACAUGAGCACAAUUUUUGAAAUCAACAUCAACAGCAAAAUCCAGAUAAUGACAGGAAUGAGAUCAGAGUCAACACUCGGAGGGGUAUGAAGCAUCUGCAUUAUAGCUUGAGACAAUGAAAUUUAAUUGCAACUAAUACACUAAGACAAGUAAUCUUUGAUGCCUAUUACAGAGACUGGUAACAGACUGCUUCUGUUGUAAAGCAAUAUAUAAUCAACAACUCAUCCUGGUGAUCAACAGCCACCUCAAAGCUUUAACUUCUAUUGCUUCCUGCAAACAGAGUACUAAGAGGACUUGUCAGUAAAAUUAAAGCUGAGGAUGUUUCCUUUUCUUAGAUUUGACUUGAAAACCUCAAGAAAUUUCUGAAAUUUUGUGCUUAGCAGUACAGUGGGAGAAGAUACUGUAUUUGGAACCCAAACCCCACAACCAUGUUGAACUUUCUUCUCUCCAACAUUUCAUUCAAAUAAAUUAUUAGCAUUUAACUAUGCUGUCAUGGUAAUCUUUGGCUUGGACCACAUUUUUGCUCUGUUUUUA